AUGGCUCUACAGAUAAGCCGCGACCAACCGUGCUCAAUCGACUUUCUCCCAACUUCACUUCAAUUAAAAAGGUCAAAAGUACAAUCAAUAUCAGAGCCUACACAAAAUAUUCAGUCAUUAGUAGCAUUAUCAUUUUUACCAACAAGUGAUGUUAUUUCAGCAUUCGAACAAUUGAAACAACAACUUCCAGCACAAGAAGCAAUUAUUAAUUAUUACGAAGAAACAUAUGUCGGUAUAAAAAGUCGUUUCUCUCGUCCACGUAAACAGCCAAAAUUUGAAUUAGAUUUAUGA